AUGGGUUUUUUUCUUCCAGAAGGAUCAGUCGAUAAUUUGAAAUAUUACAAGUAUCAAAGUGAGGAUCGAUCAGUGAUAUCCAAGUACUUUUUGAAGCCAUAUUGGAGCAGGUUUGCUGAUAUUUUCCCAAAAUGGAUGGCACCAAAUCUUAUUACACUCUCUGGUCUGGGUUUCAUCAUCUUCAACCUCCUGAUUGCGUUGAAGCUUGAUCCAACCUUGACUAAAGAAACCCCUCGCUGGACCUAUUUUUCAUAUGCACUUGGUUUAUUCAUGUAUCAAACAUUUGACGGGUGUGACGGUGUCCAUGCCAGGAGAAUAGGUCAAUCAGGCCCAUUGGGAGAAUUAUUCGAUCAUAGCAUUGAUUCGAUUAACACCACAUUAACCCUUUUUAUCUUUGGCUCGGUCAUAUCAAGUGGUUAUACCUUCAAACUAUUGAUCAGUCAAUUUGCCCUACUCUGUAACUUCUACUUUAGUACAUGGGAAGAAUAUCAUACUCAUGUCUUAUUUUUAAGUGAAGUUUCAGGACCUGUCGAAGGUAUUCUUGGUGUUUGUUUUGCAUUCAUUAUUACCGGUGUCUUUGGUCCAGAGCUUGUUUGGCACACAAAAGUCUUCGAGUUUCCUUAUAAGGAAGGAUUUAUCACACUCGAUAUCUCUGAUGUUGUGAUUUGUCUGUGUAUAGUGGGGCUUCUCUUCAACGUACUAUCCGCUAGAAGAAAUGUAAUUGAUCAUUAUAAGCAAAACAAAAUCGUUUUAACCGCGAAUUCUCAAAUUAAAGAAGCUUAUAAGGGUGUCGUUCCAUUUUUCUGUUAUUUUCUCUCAGUUUUCAUUGUAUCAUUUAUCAAUCCAGCAUUUAUUUCCUUCCCCUUUGUCCUUUCUGUUGGUCUCUCUAUAGCGUUUGUUGUUGGACGUAUAAUUGUCAAUCAUUUAACUUUACAGCCAUUCCCAAUGUAUAAUGCUCCUCUAUUCAUUCCAACCAUACAAUUAAUAGUUCAUAAACUAACAGUGGUCUGUUUCGACUUCGAUGCAACAGAAACCACGAAAUCGUUGGUCUGGUUGGGCUUCGGGUUGACUUUUGGCCUCCAUGCUUUCUUUAUGAAUGAAAUCAUUUACGAAUUCACAACGUAUUUAGACGUCUACGCAUUAUCAAUCAAACGCCCCAAAUUUGUUUGA